AGAAGAAGUCGACCGUGCCAGAAGCAAAGGAGGAAGGAAGGGGAACACUGAUACUAGGCCGCGACCUGACACUGCCGAAAGAAACGUUACAUAACUUCGACUUUUUUAUUUAUUUAAUCCUAGGAUUGUUCAAUCUUCUGACACGACUACGCUGAAAAGAGUCUCCGCGGCGCCUCCUCGGUGGUAUUUUGACUAGGGAACGGGAUUUCAUCCAUUUCACACGGGUCAUCAUGGCUGAUGAUUUUGACGUUGAGGCCAUGCUGGAGGCUCCAUACAGAAAGACUUCCCUAAUGAUAUCUCACCUCUACUCCCAUGAAUUCAUCUUUGAUUCCACUGUGAACUGUGAAAAAAAGGAAGGGCAAGAUGUGUGACAGAGGUGGCAUCGAGCUCUUACAGUCCAAGAACGAAAAUGGGUGAAGAUCACUGGACUGACAUCAACCUCACAGGAACUCUUUUAGUGGCCGUGGGCCAUACGUGGUCACGUGAUUAGGCAAAUAGUGGCAUUGGUACAGUCUACGAGAAGGGGCAUGGUGGAGAUGACCUGACAAUUGUCAAAGCUUCCUGAACUCAGCUAAAAUGUUGGACACCCUCCCUUAUCUUUUCUUUGUUGCAUAAAGUGCUAAGCAGCCUUGUUUAGAAAAAAACAGGACUGGGAUGGGAAGAUAAUGGGGUGGUGGAAGGACACUGUCCAGAAAUGACAGAUGAGAACAAGUCCUCUCAUGCUAAUGGACAUGAAGACCAGAACAAGAAGAAAAGGAGGAGUCGAAGCAAGAGCCGGAGCCCUGGCUCAAAGAAGAGAAGAAGCAGAAGCAAAGACAAAAAGAAGGGCAAGAAGAGGAGUAGGAGCCGGGAAAAAAAACGAAGCCGCAGCAGAGAGCGCCAUCGCAGCCGCUCCCGCAGCAAGGAGAGAUCUGGGCGGUACAGAGCCCGAAAAAGCCCGGUCCGGAAACGUUCCAAAAGUCGGAGUCCCUUCAAAGGAAAGGAGAGGAGUCCCAUCAGACAACCAAUUGACAAUCUAACCCCAGAGGAGAGGGAUGCCCGCACAGUCUUCUGCAUGCAGCUUGCUGCCAGAAUCAGAGCUCGGGACCUGGAAGAUUUCUUCUCAGCUGUUGGAAAGGUCAGAGACGUGAGAAUCAUCUCAGACAGAAACUCGAGGAGGUCAAAAGGUAUCGCUUACAUCGAGUUUGUGGAGGCGUCCUCUGUGCCGCUGGCGAUUGGCCUGACGGGCCAGAGGCUUUUAGGCGUCCCCAUCAUCGUCCAGGCCUCUCAGGCUGAGAAAAACAGAGCUGCAGCUGCUGCUAAUAAUCUACAGAAGGGCAGCUCGGGUCCGAUGCGACUAUACGUGGGCUCACUACAUUUCAACAUUACUGAGGAAAUGCUUCGUGGGAUCUUUGAGCCUUUUGGAAAGAUUGAGGGAAUCCAGCUGAUGAUGGACAGUGAGACCGGCCGAUCCAAAGGAUACGGCUUCAUUUCGUUUGCAGAUGCAGAAUGUGCAAAGAAGGCCUUGGAGCAACUGAACGGCUUUGAGUUGGCCGGACGUCCGAUGAAGGUCGGUCAUGUGACGGAGCGCUCGGACUCGUCAACGGCCAGCUCGUUUCUGGACAACGACGAGUUGGAGCGGACCGGCAUCGACCUCGGAACCACGGGCCGCUUACAGCUCAUGGCUCGACUAGCUGAAGGAACUGGUCUGAAGAUUCCUCCUGCUGCUCAGCAGGCGCUGCAGAUGACCGGCUCCAUACCUUUUGGAAACAUCUCUGCUCCACCAUCUGUUUCAACUCCAGCUCCAAGCCAAGCCUUGAACCUCCCAUCACAGCCUCUGGCCACACACUGUCUGCAGCUGUCCAACCUGUUCAAUCCACAAGCGGAAAAUGAUCCGAGCUGGGCCAUUGAGAUCCAAGAUGAUGUGAUCGAGGAGUGCAACAAACACGGAGGAAUAGUUCACAUUUACGUGGAUAAGAACUCUGCUCAAGGUAAUGUUUAUGUGAAGUGUCCCUCUAUACCUGCAGCCAUGGCUACUGUCAAUGCACUUCAUGGACGCUGGUUUGCAGGCAAAAUGAUAACCGCUGCCUACGUUCCCUUACCCACCUACCACAACCUUUUCCCCGACUCCGUUACAGCGAAGCAACUUCUAAUGCCGGCGCGUCGAUAGUGAGACGUGACGUGAUGGAAGGUGGUGUAAAUACAUUGGUUUGCAUUCAUGGAGCUGUCAUUGAAAACAGACACAUUAAAAUUAGUUGGCUGUGCGUUAUUAUAAAACCUCACAAGUUCAACAGUGAAAAAAUUAGCAAGGAUUCUUUUGUUUUUUUCUUUUUAGUUGCUCUUCAAAGUUUGUGGGUUUGUGUUGUAAACUAUCACAGCAGUAAUCUGCAGGUAUCUAUUGGUCUGUAUGUUUUUAAAUAUUACUGUCAUCUGCUUGUUUAAAUCCAGUUUUAGAUUUAAAAAUUGCAGAGUCUCAUGUGUUGGGUUAAAUAGGCCUUAAAUGCCAAAAGUAUAUUGUCAACAAUAAUCCUUUGUACCUUUUUACAGCCAUUAUUUCAUUUUUUGUAUGAAGGCUCCCAAUAAACUUUGGCAAAUUUGA